UUCUACAAAUGAUUUUUAAAUGAGCUUCCGAGACGUCAUAACUAGCAGGUUCCUUGGCUAAUUUCGGGGAGUGGGCGUCAGAGGGCGUAAUGACGUAGUGUUAGGCACGUCAAAUGUUUAAAAAUAAAAUAUUUUCUCUCGCCUCUAGUUCUGACUUGAUUUUGUGUUGUUACUAAUCGUGUUUUACUAAAACGUAUCGUGGAAUGAAUUGGAAAAUAACUAACGCAGAGGUAAUAACGUUAAACAUACGACGUGAUGACGCACUAGUCAGUACGCAGUAGUGGGCGUGGUCUGUAGCUCUAGAAUGUAAACAGCCUGGUGUGUGUACAGUAGUUUGUCUGUGACUGUGCGUGGAUGUGUUUGUUGUCGUAAAACUGUGUGUCGUUAAAAUACGAGUCAACAAAAAAAAGAACAAAACAAGCGUCACAUUGUUCGUCUAAAAUCGCGGCUCUUGUUCUGGCUUCUCCGCGUCGUGUUUUCGGAGACGCCGACACAGAAUUCCGGACCUCCACGCUUUGAAAGUCUAGUUAUUGCUUUGGUGGAACCACUGAUUGUUUUGAAGAACCGGUGAUGUCCAUGUGGCAACGGUCUGUGUUGUGAUGGUUAGUGUCACGGUGUAGGCUUCCUGGCCCCGCCCCUUUGGACACUUCUGUCUUUCCUGUGGGACAUAUUUUUUUCUUUACCGAUCCUCUGACCAUGUCAGAAGCUGGGGCUCCAGAACCUUCCACAGAACCGCCUGUUACUGCAGCAGCAGAGGUGGCUGCUCAGAACAGCAGGGACACAGGCAGCUCAGAAGGCCUGAGGACGAUGACCGACGAGACAACACCAGUGAUGAGGGCAUCUGAGAAGACCUCCACAGAAGAAGAAGAAGACGACGACAAGUCCUCAUCUGUGUUGCUGCCACAGGAGGAGGCCCAGGUGGAGCAGAGCAAAGACCUGGACCUGGACAGGGAGAGCUCAUCAGGACCCGAAGGUUCAGGGUCAGAAUCUUCGUCCGUCUCGAUGCCGAGUCUGGAUCUGGAGCUGGAUGACGGACUGUCCUCCUACCUCGCCGCUGCAGGCGAAGACGUAGGUGCGUCCACCGGCUCCCAUGAUGUGAAAGACGCCGAGACGCUGCAGGCUGAAGGGGGAAGCACUGCUCCUCUGGCUCCUCUGGCUGCUGAUACUGCGCCCUCUGCUGGUGCUGUUGGAGCACCCCAUGAGGCUAGACCAGAGUAUUACAUGGUGAAGUGGAUCACGUGGAAGGAGAAGAAGACGCCCAUCAUCACACAGAGCGAGAACGGACCCUGCCCCCUGCUGGCCAUCAUGAACACACUCUUCCUGCGCUGGAAGGCCCGUCUUCCCGCUCAGACUGAUGUCAUCACCACUGAAGAACUGAUGAGUCACCUGGGGGAGUGUGUGUUGUCUGUUACACCAAGAGAGAAAACUGAUGGGAUGGAGCUCAACUUUCAACAGAACAUGACUGAUGUCAUGGCCGUCCUCCCUAAACUGUCGACAGGCCUGGAUGUGAACGUUCGUUUCACAGGGGUGACAGAUUUUGAGUACACACCCGAGUGCAUCGUCUUUGACCUGCUGGACAUUCCUCUGUACCACGGCUGGCUCCUCGACCCACAGAGUCCACAGACGGCAGCUGCUGUUGGGAAACUGAGCUACAAUCAACUGGUUGAGAAAAUCAUCGACUACAAACAUUCUCCAGACAGCAGUAAAGUCAGUGAAGGUCUGUUAGCAGAGCAGUUCCUGGAGUCCACGGCCACUCAGCUGUCGUACCACGGUCUGUGUGAACUCAACACCACAGUGAAGGAAGGAGAGAUUUCAGUUUUCUUUAGGAACAACCACUUCAGUACCAUGAUCAAACGCCAGGGACACCUGUACCUGCUGGUCACUGACCAGGGCUUCCUCCGGGAGGAGGCGCUAGUCUGGGAGUCCCUUCAUAACGUGGAAGGAGACGGAAACUUCUGCGACUCUGAUUUCAGAUUGUGUCAUCAGAGAACUCCGCCCACUUCCCUUCUCCCGCCGUCUGCUCAGGACCAGCAGAGACAAAUCGACCAGGACUACCUGGUUGCAGUGUCCCUGCAGCAGCAGCAGGGCGGCGUCCCAGGACCGCUUAGUGACCUGGAGUUAGCUCGACAACUCCAACAGGAAGAAUAUCAACAACAACAACAACAACAACAACAACAACAACAACAACAACAACAACAACAACAACAAGUGUCUUCACAGGUGAGAGGUCAGGGGUCACAACAGGGCAGGAGGAGAGACAAAGACUCAGACUGUGUCCUGCUGUAGACUCAUCUUCGUCAUCGUCAUCGUCUGACCCGUGCCUACACUCACGUCUGUCUGCCACAGGAAGUCAUGUGACAGCAGCGUCUCCACCUUUAACUCACUGCUACAGAAUAAAUAGUCAUUUAAAGAUUUUACACAUUAUUCACUGUUCAUACAGCAGAGGUCAGGUUUAGGGUUUUUUAGACUGACUGAGAUGAGAGCGCCCCCUACUGAUAUAACCACUAGCUCUGGGGGAAAACUCGUUACGUUCCCAGCUUUUUCUUAGUGUUUUCUACAGGACGGUGAAGUUACUAAACCAUUGACACUCCCUUAGCUCAGUGACACAAUCUGACCAAGGGGGGGCAGUAGUGGACCAGCAGCUCCUGUGUCCCUCUGAGCUAAAAAUCACUGAUUCUGUACUAUGGACUUUGCUGCUAAAAAGAAAUAUCAGUCUGCCAAUAUACCUUAUAAUGGUCCUAGCAGCAGGGGGCGCUGACAGUCAGCUCUGUCGAUAACAUCAGCUCCUCAAAGAACCACACUUUAAACAAAUUUGUCAGCCGAAGUUUGUGGGCCUGCUCUAAAACCAACCUCAGAAAACUGACGGUGCGUUCACGGACAGUUGGUCUAAACUGAAAACCGUUGGUUAAGUUAAUUACUCAUUUAAAAUUGUGACAGAAAACGUUGGUUAAUUGUGUUCAAAUUGUCUGGGCUGAAUCAGUGACGUCACGUCCACGCGUUUGUAUUUCCCGUCAGUGAAACCUUUUCUGUGGAACCUUCUGGAUGUUGAAGUGACAUCUUGCACUCGUUUUACUAAAGAAAUGAAGUGUUUGUUUCAGGUGCCAUCUGCUGGCAUGAGCUGAAACUACAGUUUGUUGGUCACAUGACCUGGAAGCCAUUUUAAAACUGGUAUUUUAUAUAUAUAUAAAUAUUAAUAUUCAGAGGAAAAUAAAGACACAGUCCCAAAAAAAAAGUGUUUUUGUUACGAGAAAGUGUUCUAUAAUUACCUGAAGGUGUGUACUUCCUGUGGGCGGAGUCAUAAACUAACAUCAGCUGGUUCAGGAGAAAGACUGACAUGUCAAAGGUCAUGUGACAGGAAGCAGUAUUCUGUCACGGGGAGUCAGUACACCAACGCCGCCACUUAACACGAACUCAAACUCGACAACAAAACAACGACCGUGUUUGAAUUUCUUUUAUUAACAGUUACGUUAAAUUCAGUCGAUGACGAUUCGUAUUCUUUCUCUAUCGAGUCAGAGACCAGUUCUGGAGAUGAAACCCGGAAUACAUGUUGGGUUGGUUUAAACAUUUUCAUAUUAAGACAAGCCAAGUGUUCAGAAAUGACGACCGAGUAUUAGGCCACAAAAAAAAAAAAAAAAA